AUGCUGCAGCAGGAGCAGCUGGAAGCAGCAGCUGUUGCUGCAGCAGAAGCAGCGACAGAAGAAGCAGCAGCAGCACAGGCCGCAGCAGCAACAGCAGCAGGAGCAACAGCAGCAGCAGCAGCAGCAGCAACAGCAGCAGCCGUAGUGGAGCUGGAGUAUCAGCAGCACCAGCAGCAGCAAGAGCAGCAGCAAAGGCAGCAGCAGCAGCAGCAGCAGCUGCUACUGCUGCUGCUGCUGCUGCUAGUUUAUUUAAAUUCAUAA